AUGGCCAAGCAGCUCCUCGCGACGGGUAUCUACAAGCCAAGGAAACGUCCCGGGUCGGUCCCUGCCAAGGAGGAUGAGGCCCCAAAGAAGCCCAGAUCCAGGAAAGCCCCGUCGGCCGAUAAGACGCGGGUCAACAUCACAGCCGAAGACCUCUGCGAUGAUAUAAUACGCUAUGUCGGCAGUGACCUCGAGCGUCAUCGCGGCUGCGACAUCAUCGACCUCUACCCAGGCACUGGCGUCUGGAGCAGCAAACUCAACGAGUUCCUCAAACCCAGGACACACAUACUGAUGGAGCCCGACGACAAGUUCUACGAGCCGUUCUUGAAACCUCUCCUCGACAAGGAGGGGACCAUCCUGGUGCCCAAGUCUGGCAUCCUGUGGAAAGAUCUCAACCAAGUGCUCACACCAGAAUACCUGCCUCACCAAGAGGUGCGCGAGGGCGAGGACCUGCUCAAGAGGAACGACACGCUGCUCGUCACCGCGAACCUGGCGUUCCACCCAAAGAAAAAGUACAACCGCUUUGACUCGGUCGCCAAGCUCGUCUUCCAUCAGUUCAUCGACAGCAUCCGUACGAGCUCGCUGUUCCAAAAGUACGGCCAGGUCCGGAUGCUCAUCUGGGCCCGGGUCGACGACACCCAGGGCCUGCUGCCCCGGCACGUGCAGAAGCGCAAGAAGCUCGCCAUCACGACGGAGCUAUAUUGCGAGUGGGUGCGCGAGGUGUGCAGCCUGUACGCGCCGGAUCCGUCCUGGUAUGGUCGCGACUACAACCUGGACACGUACAUGACUGUCAAUGUCAUCAAGAAGAUGGAGGAGGCGGGCAUGACGCUGCCGGCGAAGCGCGAGCCCAAGAUGUUCUCCGAGAUCAAGAAAGAGCUUGCGGACGGGGUCGAGGUGGACGCCCCCGGCACGGCCGUUCCCAUCUAUCGACGUACCUUUACCCACGCGCUGGAGAGCCUCGAGUCUCUCGAAGCCUCGGACAAGAUCAAGAAGGACAGCCCCGAGUACAACACGCUGGCCAAUCACCGGUACAGGCAAAGCUCGGAGGAGAAGAAACAAGACCAGGCACUGCAGCUGUCACAGGCGCUCGACAACCUGCAGAAGAGGGCCCAUGGCAUGGAAGCUAGCGGGACGUACACUACCGAAGCCGCGCAGAAACUCGCCGACGAGUGGGACGCCAAGCUCCGCGACUGCUUCCGCUCUCUCCUCGUCGAGUUCCCGCCGUACCGAUCCAAUAUGCAUCUCGUGCGUCAAGAUCCCCCUGUUCUCCACUGGGACCGGAAGGUGUACGAGCCCAUAGCGGUGCGCGAGUCCGACUUCUUCCCGCGCGUCGAGUGCAACCUGCUCGACAUCCAGCCAAAGCCCGUGCACCCGUUGAUCCGCCAGGCCGGCCCCAACUCCAACCGCGGCGGCGACGUCAUGGAGCACAUCAUGUCGUACAUGCUGCUGUCUGGGUCGCAGCCGAUCGACCGCGUGCUCAACUCGAUGUGGCCGGGCGCCGCCGAGUACAUCCUGCCGCGUUGGACGAGCGUCCGCGACCCGGCGCAAGGGGGCGUGCCACACAUCCCGCACAAGCUGGCCGCGCUUACUCCGAGGCUGCUGAACGCGAGGCAGUGGGAGCAGCUGCUGGAGCUGUGGAUGGAGUGGCCCUUCCGGCCAGACUUUCCUGAGCUCAUCUCUCGGUUCUACGAGACGGAGGGAGAGACGGAGGACAUGAUUGUCAGCGAUGCGUAG